CUUGGGCUUGAAGAUCAUAGGUUGAGCUCAAGGUUGUGAAAAGCGAGCGCUUCUGCGAUUAAAGCAAGAAGCGAGGUGUAGCGCAACCCUUGCGCUUUUCUACUCUGAAACAAGGCAUUGGUAAAUAAGCCGCGCUUUAGCCACAGAAGCGUGAAGUGAGGAAAGCGGGGAAACGCGCUUCAGCACCUAGGGUUUUUUAAAUAAUUUUUUAAAGUGUUUUAACUUAAAAAACUCUUCCCGCUUCUAUUUGGACUCUUAUGACUGCUUCUCCUCAUCUCUUUACGCCUUUUUCAAGUCUCAAGGAUAGUUUUCUCUUCUCUUCCUUCUCUUCUCUUUUCUUCCUCUUCUUAUUUUCUCUCUUUUACCUGUGGCUACGACUGCCAGUUUCUCUUCUUUUCUUUUAUUUUUUCAGUUUUUCAUUGGGUUGCUCUUUUUUCUCUUCUUCUUUUCUAUCUUUUUUCAGUUCUUCGACUGGGCUGCAAUUUGUUAUCUCUGUUUUGUAAUUUCAUUCAAUGUUCUGCCUAAUUUUUGUCUCUGUUCUUCAAUUUUUUCUCUAUUUUGUAAUGUUUUUCUAUGUUCUGCUCUAUUUUUUUUUAAUCUCUGUUGACUGUUCUGCAAUUUUUUUUUUGUUGUGAUUGUAGUAAAUUCUGUUUUUUGAUUCAAUGGCAUCAAGCCAAAAAAAAAAAAAUCUAGCUUGAGCGUAUGGAGUUGCAAUGGGCAGUAACACAAAAGUCCAAUGUAUCUUUUGUAAAGCUAUAUAUAACGGUGGAAUACAUCGUCACAAGAAAACAUUUAAUUGGUGGGUACAGAGCUGUCAAAAUAUGUCCAAAUGUUCCUGAUUCUGUUAAUGAAGAAAUGAGAGAGUAUGUUGUGCAAAAAAUGAAUUAAAAAAUCCAAUGAGCUAUGGAGCAUCUAUGGUUAAUCUUGUUAAUGAAGAUACUCAAAUGGAUGAGGAUGAUGUUGAUAUGUCAAUGACGCCGCCUAUGUCAAAGAAAGAUUUCAACUAGUGGAAGUGGAUCAUCCACUACUAACAGUGUGAAAGGUCCUUUCAAUCUUUAUUUCUCUCAAAAUGAAAAGGGGGUGAAGCUUCUACUGUAGAUUCUUGCAGGAAGAAAAAGAGGGACCGUGCUGUAGAUGCUUUUACUAGGUGGAUGUAUGAUGCUUUCAAUUGUGUAAAUUACGCCGAGAGUUUUAAUGAAUUCAUUGAGUUCGUAGGCCAAUAUGGCCUACGAAUGAUGCUCCCCACCUAUCACGAAGUAAGAGUUCCUUCUCUGAAAAAAGCGGGCGGAGAAUACAAACAAGGUGCAAUGGCAAACUUAUGGAUGUUCCAUAAUGAUGGAUAAAUGGACAGCAAAAAAUGGGAAAAUAGUCAUUAAUGUUUUGGUGAAUUCUCCUAGAGGAAGUGUGUUUCUUGAAUCUUAUGAUGCUAAUGACUCUUGUACCGAUUCCAAUAACAUGUUCAACUUGUUUGAGAAGACUAUAUUGAAAAUUGAGAAGGAAAAUAUGGUACAAGUUGUUACUGAUAACGCAAAUGACAAUAAAAAGGCAGGCGACAUGUUGAAGGGACGAACAUUUUUUGGACUCCUUGUGCUGCCCAUUGUGUCAACUUGAUGUUUGGUGACAUUUUCAAGUUAGCCCCGUAUUCUACAGGUGAACAAGUGGUUCUAGUUUACUUUUUUAACCAUCAGGCUAAUUGUUUAUACUUAUAACUAUGAAAAUUUGUUUUUCUAAGGUUUUUGCUAAGACUGUUAAUAUACAUUCUUACAUUAGUCAGAGGCCAUUGUUGUUGAACAUGAUGAGAAAAUACACAAACCAAAGAAAUUUGGUGAAACCGGCUAAGACAAGAUUCGCAAUAGCUGUCAUGACUUUUGCAAAUUUUUUUCUUGCAAAAGAAAAUUUUGAGAACCUUGUUCAUGUCAACUGAAUGGAGUGAGAAUAUCUAUGCAAAGGAAGCUCUUGGGAAAGAAGUUGCGAGAUAUAUUGUUGGUCCAUAUUUUUGGAAUGAAUGUGUUCAAGCACUUAAAGUUAGUAAUCCUUUGGUUACUGUACUUUGUUUGGUGGAUGGGGAGAAACAACCACCAAUGGGCUACAUUUAUGAGGCCAUGGAUAAGGCCAAAGAAUCUAUUGAAAAGGCAUUUGAAAAAGAUAAGAGGAAAUAUGGGAAAGUUUUUGAAAUCAUCGAUAAAAAGUGGACGGAUCAACUUAAUCAACCUUUGCAUACAACCGCGCAUAUUUUGAACCCUGGGCUAUCUUAUAUAAAAAACAAGAAGAAGGCUUUAGAUAGCAAAGUGUGGGUAGGAUAUCAUGCAUGUAUUGCGAGGAUGGUGCCAGAUGAUGUCUUGCAAGACCAAAUAGGGGAGGGGCUUGGUAAGUACAUGGCAGCAGAUGGAAUACUUGGAUUACCUCAAGCUAUUAGAGCCAGACCUAAAUUGUCACUACUUAAUUGGUGGAUGCAAUUUGGUCAUGGAGUUCCAAACUUGAAAGAAUUUGCUAUUAGAGUUCAAAGUUUAACUUGUAGCUCAUUCGGAUGCGAGAGGCAUUGCAGCGUGUAUGAACAGAUUCAUACUAAGAGGAGGAAUAGGCUUGAGCUAAAGAAACUCAAUGAUCUAGUGUUCGUUAAAUAUAAUAGAACAUUGACACAUUGUUACAAAGCUCGUGAUACCAUUGAUCCAAUUUUUUUGAAUAACAUUGAUGAAGCAAAUGAAUGAUUAACUGGAGCCCCCCAAAAUCAUGAAGAAGAAGAAGCAGUAUAUGAAUUAGAAGGUCUCACUUUUGGUCAUGUUGUUGUGGAAAGUGGAGUUGAGGAGGAUAUUUAUGAUUUUAGGAGGAGUACUUUAAGGAGAAAAGAAUAUUCAUAUUUAUUUUCACUAUUUUUAUUCUCCAUUUCGUGCGAUAACGGUCAAAUACUGCUGUAGUUUUAAUUACUUUUGUUUUGUUGUUGAUCUGAAUAGACGUAAUCUACUGAUUCAAAAUAUUUUUGAAGGAUCGACAGAUCCAAAGUGAAAUCCGACCUUUCAUUUGGUAUUUGACUUUAUUUUAACCAUUGAUUGUUGUUUCAUGUAACAAGCAUUGAGAAUUGUUUUACAAAUCCCACAUCGGUGGGGAUGAGAUUUUUUUUAUUUAGGGGUUCUAUUUCUACCCAUAGAACCCCAAUUUGGCGUUUGACAAAAAAGAGAAAGCAACCGAAAAUCUCUUUGUUUGAAAAACAAUCCGAACACCUAGGGUUUUCUAGCUUCUUGCUUAAAAACCAUUAAUUUUUGGAUUAAGUUUUAAAGUAUUAUAAGUGUGUGCAGUUGAGUGUGGAGGAGAAAGGUCUUAGGUUCAUUCUCUUCAAAGGCUGCGACCCCUAAAGCUUGGGGGCGACUUGAGGGGUUUAUGGUCAAAUUUCUCCUGGAAAGUGUUUCAGGUGAUUGAUUGCAACAUGUUCGGAGAUGCGCGGUGCCUAAUCUAAAGGCCUCCUCCUAUUUCAUUUCGGGAUGGAGGUUGAGUUUUAUAGUAUUGUUGUAAUCCGUAUCAUUUAGCUGCUCUUCUACUAGUUUAGACCAGGUCGUGGGAACUUGAAAAUAAUCUUCAUUUAUUUAACGGUUGUAAAUAUUCUCAAAUUUGGAGUUUAUUAGGUAAUUGAUUUCCA